AUGCCCUACUGCACCAAACGAUGUGCUGCAUGGUCACACCGUCGUGAAAAUCUUUUACAAGAAAUUUCUGAAUACAAUGCUGACAUUAUUUGCUUGCAAGAAUGUGAUAAAUUUGAAGAGUUUUGGAAAGAAAAAUUACAAAGUUUAGGCUAUGAAACAUAUUUUGAUUAUCAAUAUAAUCCUUCAAAGGAAUUUAGACCAUUUCCCUAUGGAUUGGCUUUUGGAUUUAAAUCUGAAAAAUUUGACUUGUUGGAGAGGGAUGUCGUACUCAUGGAACAAGAAUUGUUGACACAACAUGACCAUUAUACGAGCCGAAAAGAAAUGUCAGAGUUGGAGAAGGAAGAAAUUCGGCAUAGUGGUAAUAUUGCUCAAGUUUUUGCAUUGCGGAGUAAAGAGUUUUUAAAUGAAGGAUUAUUGAUUACGAAUACACAUUUGUAUUGGAGACCUGAAUCGAAUUAUGUGAGAUUGAGACAAUUAAUGUUAAUGAUUCGUCACACAUUGAAAAUAUUUAAAAAGUACAAGGACUUUGCAAUUAUUAGUUGUGGUGAUUUCAAUGCAACUCCUGCGUCGUUUCCAUACAAAUUAAUGACUCUUCCAGGAAGAGUUUUAAACGAAAAUCUCGAAACAGAAAUUCAGGGAGACUUGAUUCACCACGGAAUGGAUUUUUCAAAAUUAAGCAGAGAGCACGUAGAUCGAUAUUUCAGAAAUGUUGAAGACUGUGAAGAAAAAGUGAAAGAUUACUACAAAUCAAUCAUUCAGAACCAAAAUGAAAAUGGCCAAUACUCGGAAGAGCAACUCGAAGAUUAUUUAAGUGUUGAAAGAAACAAGAGAAGCGAAAGCAUUCGAGAGCUUGUUUCAUAUUUUGCUCAAAAUUUUCCAAGUUUCAUUUCUCUCUACUCGUUUUAUGGAGCCUUAAAUCCUGAAGAUCAUGAACGAAUGAAAGUGCAUGACAAGUGGAACCACGGAGAGGUUUAUUAUACCAUCUUUACACCUGAUUUCAAGUCUACAUUAGAUUAUAUAUUCUUGUGGAAAACUGUGAAACCUCGAUUCAGACUUACAAAAUUACUCUCCAUUCCAACACCUGAAGAACUUAAAAUAGGAGAUGAAGAGGAAGCCAAGCUGCCAAACGAAAAACAUUCGAGUGAUCAUAUUUCUCUCAUGGUGGAAUUGGAAAGCACACAGGGUGAAGAGGAGCAGUGUUCUCAGUGCUGA